AUGGAGAUUGGGUGUCAAGGACCAGCUUUACAAGAGUUAUAUGACGUUGCAGCAGCUUUACGGACAAGUAUAAAUGAAUUCAAAGACAUGCAAAUGCCCUGGCCACCUAUAUCUACUGACUUUUCACAGGAACAAGUACUACAAAUGAUUCCUGUGAAGUUAUUUAAUUUUAUUAGUUGGUGUUUUGGCUUUUCUGAUGAACCUGAAAUGAAUUCGCAUGUUACACUUAACGAAGGACAUUUGAAAAAGGUCCUAUCCAUAUGCCAGGACAUGCUAUUUAUCAAUUCAAAUGGGAGAAUGCAAACACCGAAAUAUUUAGCACUGGGUAUGACUAUUAGGCAGUUGACUCGAUCUUCACAGAUAACUGAUAUUCUUAAUGGGUUUGGUCAUUGUGCUAGUCGAUAUGCUGUUCUUACGCAUGAGACAGACUUAACGAAGCUUGCCGUGACAUCCAAUACUAAUAUUCCUAAGGACGUUAUCAAAGGAAAGUUUACAUGCCUAGUGUUUGACAAUAAUGACUUGUCAGAAGAAUCAAGGAAUCAAACCCAUGUACUUGGUGGAAUUGCGAUCCAAAAGGGGGGAUGA